UUGAUGCUUACGUUUUUAACGGAAGCUUACGUUUCCUGUUGUUUUGUAAAAACCUGGGUAAGUCUAAUAAAUCAAACUAUAUUGAUAUUUUUCAUUUUAUUUCACUAAAUGACCCCAAUACACUCGUCCAACGUGAAAGAUGAUGAUUUAACGCUAUGGAUGAGAGGACCUUUUUCCUCUCAUCCAAGUCCCAACGAAAGUGAAACUAAAUGUUUACGUUGCCUUGCCUUGGUGCCCACGUUUUAAAAAAAAACGAUGCAAGACGACCUUGAAUUCCUGUCUUGAGCCUUACAUUUGGCAUUCUUUUGUUGAAGAUCAUGUCUCGCCGAGGACCAAAUAUGUCUAAAGUAGCCUUCUGAUAACGUGAUGGUGCCUACUUCCUCAAACUAGAGGCAAAUAGUGAUGUCCUACAACAGGAAUACGAGCAGAAACAGAAUCGCAGCUCGUCUGGACAACAUUCCUUACUCAGACUAUCGCGGUAUUAACAACCCUGCGAGCCUCUGCUACCUGACAAGCGUGCUGCAUGUCCUAUCCAUGACCCCUCGGUUCCCAGAGGCAGUGAAAAGGGGAUCGGCUACACAUUCACUCUACUUAGACCCUAACUUGGAUAAGCUGUUUUCGGAUUUGGAGAAGUGUACGGCUGACAUAGAUGACAUUGCAAUGGCCUUGGGGAUCACAGAGGCAGAUAUUUACGAACAGCGAGACGCCGCCGAGUACUUCCAGAAGAUUCUGUGUGGAACCAGCCCUGAGGCUUCCGAGAUGUUUCAGGGGACGCUGAAGCGUUGCAUCAAAUGCCACGGGUGUUGGACCGAGAACAAGACGGUCGACCCGUUCUGGUCUCUCCCGAUCUCAGUCGGACCGGGCCUCCGUCUGUACUCAGCGAACAACCUGGAAAUGGCUUUUGAAGAUGUUUUCACGCCAACCACCCUGACCGGGGACAACACGAUUUACUGCGACCGCUGCCAAGCACGAGAAGAUGCAACCAUUGUGUGCGGUUGGCAGCACCGGCCUCAGAUCCUCACUCUGCAGCUGAAGAGGUUCCAGUUGGAGUACCUGCGGAAUCGCUACGAGAAGAUCACCUGUUGUAUCGACGUGCCUCAAAAGCUACACAUAAAGGGAUGUGACUACGAGCUCUAUGCUCGCAUCAACCACUACGGAAGUCUGACAGGCGGCCAUUACACGGCGACCAUCAAGUCCUACGAGACCGGUGGCUGGUAUGACUUUGACGACGCUCGCGUCCGAUUGCUCCGCCCACAGCCCUGUCAGCAAGGAGAAACCGCUAAGUCCUCCUCAGCAUACCUCCUGAUGUACAGAAGAGCUCCGCGCCCCCCAGCUGCUGCAGGCAGGGCCCAUGCCGAGUGUGUGGACGAGCGUGUUGCCGUGACUUCGACUGGAUGCCUGGCACGACCCUCUGACUACGCCUAACCACCUGGCUCCACCCACAAGCCUUAUAUGGAGUUCCUUCCUUAACGAGGUCAGCCUGAGGAUCGUUAAGCAGAGAGAGAGAGAGCGAGAGAGAGAGAGAUAUAUAUAUAACCUGGACCCUCUGAUUAACCCCACCCUGCACUGACUGCUUUGGAUGAGGGCACUUCUUGCGAUCACCCCUGGACACGGGAGAAACUGACAGAUUAAGGCUUGUGUGCUUUGAGUGCUUCCCCCCUCUGGAUGUAAAUACCUGCUAAUAAAUGACCAUUUGCUUUGCCCUG